AUGACGUUGGACUGUGAGGGUGUUCUGGAGGGCAGCUCUUCGUCUGAUACGACGUGGCUAUCUUCAUGGGUGGCGGAGCUGUCUGAGGGCAUCCCAGGCUUCGACAUUCCCAUGGAACCGGUGCAUGUGGACUCCCAGGAAGGGGCACCAGCCCCUGGUCACGUCACUAAGGAGGAGGAGGAGCAUGACUUCAACCAGCUACUGCACGAUGAAGAGGAAGAACGCCAGUGGCAGGAGGCUCGACGUCAAGAGGAAGAUGAAGAAAGCGAGCGGCUGGCGAAGUACCAGGCUAUGGCCGAGUGUGAGGCUGAGCACUUACAAAGCCAGGCAGCGGCCUUCCAACAGUGGGAGGAUCAACAAAUGCAGGCGGAGUUGGCUGGCCGGGUGCCGCCCAAAAGGCGGAGGUGCGUGCUCACUCUGGAGGUGGCAUCGGGAAGCCAGGACCGACCGACGAUACUCCAGACUGCGGAAAUGGAGGUACCAGAAAACGGCACGUUGACGAUGACACUUCGCGCUCAGAUGAGAGGAACCCCGGAGAGCACGUCUACAAUCCAGGUGCCUCGGAGCGUGUCAGGACGCGCCAUGGAGUGUGACCAAGGGCGUCUGGACAUUCAUCUGGAUACGGCUCCGGACCUCUUGCCUUCGGUGGACUUCGCGGAGUUCGAGAAGAUCUACAAACAGUGGAGGGCUGGGACACUCAAUGGUGGACAAAUCCGUGCCCGAUAUGGUGGGGCCGUGAUGGAGCUCCUGGAGGCGCAGAUGGCCGUUGGGGAACUGGAGGAUGCUGAGCGAGUGCGGGCCGAAUCUCCUGAAGGUGUUCCGACAGGGCCCAUCACGGCGAGGGACUUGGUGCAGGGCAAGAGUCCGUUGGUAGCAGUGGGGCAACCUCGUCCAGAUUUUGGGCUGUUUGAAAACGUUUAUGCUCAAUGGCGUGACGGAUGGCGAAGUGACCUGCAAGUGCUGGACACCUUCGGGACCGUCUGGAUGGAGCUGUUCAGGGCCUGGAAACAGUGGGGUCUCGACUGUAUCCACGGGCUUUUGUCGGAGGUCCUGGAUAUGACCCAUGGCGAGGCGGGCGACACCGUUCCAGUGAACCAGGAGGGUCUGAGCAUACGGUUGCCCAUCAGAGUCCCCUUCUCAGUGGUUGGACGAGUGUUUCGCAGAUGGGUCCGCGGGCUGCUUACGGACGUGAACAUCUUGGAGACACAUGGAGCGGUUUGGUUGGUGCUGUUCCAAGCUCUUCAGGUGCAGGGUUUGACGGACUUGGUGAUGGCCUCCUUGGAUGGCAUGGUGGCGUGGGACGUGCGGUCGAUGGCAGACAUUCCGGAUGAAUCGAAUGACGAAGUUGCAGUGGGUUCAGGGACGAUGCCGCAAACAGAAAUGGGUGUGCCAGUGCCUGUGAUGGAUACGCAUCUAGACGAAGAAGAUGGUGAAGAGAGGACACAUGAAGCGGUGGAGACAAGCCUGGCGGCGCUGAAAACAAUCGCGGGGCUCCAAAGUACGAGCUGGACCGCCGAGGAAGCGCUGGACCUGGAGUUGUACUUCACUCGGGUGAAGGCUAUCCAGGGCACAGACGCUGGCAACUGGCUCGCGGAACGUGUGCGCGUGGAUUUCGCCACCCUGAAGAAGAUGAUCGCCGAGCUCAAAGAGGGAGCCACGAACGUGGAGGAGGUCGGCGAGGCCUGGCUCCCGGCCGUGGCCCCGGGGCUCUUCGACGCCGACCUGGUGCUUUGCAGCGAGCCGCUGUGGCUGUGCCCCUUCGUCCGGCCGAGGCACGGAAGGACCAUGGUUGGCGUCCUUCACAUGGCUCUCCUGAACGAGUUCCCUGCAGCGGACGAUGUGAACUUGCGCGUCUUGUGGAGGGCCUUCAAGGAUAUGGUGGAGGCCCAGAGGAUUUACCUCUCCAUCAGCUGCCGCAUCACGGCUGAGCAGGUGGCCUACCAAACCGGAUGGCGCUUGCCCUAUGUGCCGUUUGUUGGGCUCGGCAUUCGAGUGAGGUACCAUCCCGCCGAAGCCCGGCGAGCCCUGCUUUUCCGGAACAACCGGCAGAAUAUGCUGACUUUCCGGAAGGCACUGCGGAUGUUCCUCCAGGAAGUCGCAACCGACAGCCCUGUGGAGGUGGUGGACAUGAACAGCGGCCCGCGCGUUUACACCUUUCAAGAGAUUGCGGCCUUCCACGCGGUCAUCUUUCUGCCCCAUGGCCCCAGUGCCCUGCGCCUCACGGACGUCUAUGCGGCGGGCAUCCCGUCGCUGGUGCCCGAGGAGCCGAUGAGCCACAAGUUCAUCUGGAGCAGCCGCACCUUCGGAGGCUAUGAUGCUGAGAGACACUGCCUUUCCGUUGCGCCGCCAGAGUUUCGUCGUGGAGGUGCUGAAGAGCCGUUUGCUUAUCAUCCCACGCAUUAUCUGCAGUCAUGGGCCAUUCACCGCUUCAUCGACGACCGUCGCUACUGGUAUCGUUAUACAGAGUGGGCCACGCUACCCCACCUCCUGCCCUUUGUCUCACUUCCCUCGCUCGUGGAGACGCUUGGGACCUUGACCCGCGAGCGAGGGCUCACGGUCUCGGCGCUGAUGGCGCAGCAUCAUGCUCUCAUGGUCACCGACGCCUUGAGCUGGUGGCGAGCUGCACUUGCAGAUGCAUUAGCACAGGGUGAGCCGUGGGAAACAAGGAAGCUGCAGGUGCUUCAGGGCUUGGGGAAAUGA